AUGAAGCUUAUCGCCACAUACGCACUGGCCCUGCUGCUAGUCAGCCCGGUCCUGGCUCGGCCCAACUUGGUGGAACCGAUCUACCUACGACGGCGCAGCAAUCCUCUGGAGAUAGUGGAAGAGAGCGUGGAGUCGAGCAGCCUGCCACAGGACAUUUCGGCCCAGAGCAGUACCGAGCAGCAGCAGCAGCAGUCAACCACCGGUAGCUCGGAGUCCGCCACCGACAGCAGCACCAGCUUCGUCGCCAGCACGUCCACGCACCAACCAAGCCACGCGUUCAAGCGUCCCGAGCUGCUGAAGACGAAGAUGGGCACGUCCGGUUUCGUGGUGUCCACCAGCACGAAAGUGCUAACCGGCGGUGCGAGUGCCGCUUCCGGUGCAGCUUCCCAGCGGCCCCGGCCGGGCCCGGUUCUCGGUUCGGGCGAAGCGAAAGCUAACGACCAGCUAACCCUCUUUGAUCGCUAUUCAGGACACGCCGGUGUGGCGGAACCGAUGACGGACGAGGAGUAUCAGAGUGAGUUGCACCGCGCCACGGAGCGCGUCCCACUGCGGACGACCACCCCGCGGGAAGGUCUAUCUACCUGGGUUCUGCUGUCGGGCAGCGAUUCCGCCGAGAUGAAGGGUGAGUCGACGAGCACGACAAGGAAGGUGAUCACCACGACGACGACGAAACCGACCACCGCCACGAAACGCUUCCAACCGACCACUCGACGCCUAAUCCCAUCGACCACACCGACCCGUCCGGCCCGAACCACCACCGUCAAUCCGGACGAAAAGAAGGAAAAACAGAGCAAACCACUGCCCAAGCAGAAGAUUGCCUCCACGACGCUGAAGCCGGUGAUUGUGAAGAAGGUGAAGAAACCGUUGACUAACACACCCACACCCACCACAACAACCGCCACCACGACGACGACGGCGACGAUGACCACGACGACCACCACCUCCACUCCCACGACGACUCCCGAGCUGAUCAUCACGGAGCAGAGUGCCUCGACGGUGGCGAACGACCUGUCGGCCCCAGUCACCGAUGACAGCUCGAUGGAGUCGUCCACCUUCCUGAUACUGGAGCCGAAGGAUGCCCAGUUCGAUCUGCCCGAGGAUCGCUCGCCGUCGAAAACGGCACCGCCCGCUAGCGGUGGCAAGGUCGCGAAGAAACCCACACGAAAGCCCAACUCCAAGGCACCGGGCGGCACGAAGAAGAAGCCGGCCAGCAAGAAAACGCGCAAACCGGAGGUGAAGGACGGUGUGGCGAAUGAUAAGAAGCCGGCGAACAAGAACAAACCCGUCUCGACGCAGAUCAUCAACUAUCUGUCCCGCGAGGUGAUGCCCACGGUCGGUGUCGGGUUGGUGGGUUUGGUGAUGGCCGCCGGGUUGGCUUCGUACUUCCUCGGCAGUCCGCUGGGCGCGUUGCGUCGGUCGGACGAUCGGAAGGACGAUCUGUACUACUCCAACUACGAGGAGUACGCCGGACAGGAUGGGCAGAACGAGGAGGAUGUGUUCGGGAAGCUGAUCGCGGGCAUGCCGGACCGCUCCUACUACCGGAACAAUGCGGUGCGUCGGCGAACGCAGGUGCAGCCGGUGAGAACUGGCCAUCAGUACUACCACGUGCAGCCGUACUCCGCCAACAAGUAUCCCCACAUCACGUACCGCAAUCGGGCGUACGGCGGAACCGGUGGUCCGAGUGCGCCAGAAACGAUGUACACCAACGUCAACCGGCCGGCACCGGGUCCGGCAGGCCAGGCCAAGUCUCAGAACGAGUUCUUCUACAACACACCGCCAACGCCGCACUACCCGCUGCGUAGCGUUGCGGUCGAAACGCCCACACGGCCACCGUCCCCGGUGUACAGCUCGUCCGCUCCUGCGACGCUCGCUAGCAGCAGCACGGCCAGUCCGUCGUCUACCGUCGCUCCCAGCCCGGCUGCAGACCCGAUCGGGGAGACCGAGCACGAGAUGAUGCCCCACCCGGAGGCGUACUCCGCGGAGCACAGUCCUGAGCAUCACGCGCACUACGUCGCCGGCAGCAGCUACUCGGACGGCAUGCUGGACAUGAUCAAUUCCGCCGCAGUGCCGGAGCACGGCCCACGAAGAAAGCGCCGUGCGGUGGAUUCGGACGAGGAUUUCGAGCUGGAGAAUGAGAUCGAUGUGGACGAGGACCGUCCAAAGGACACGGCCGCCCAAUCGAGUCACGCCGGCGAGGUGACGGAAAUGACCUUCCCCGGGGGAGACAGCGAGACAACGACGGGCUCGGGAGGCACGGAGACGACAGCCGAGACCGAGACCGAGACUGUCACCCGAUACACUUGGGGCGACUUUAUCCGAAACACUGUCGAGCGGAAGGUGGCCAUGGGCAUCCACUUCCUCCAGCACGUCACCAUGGACUUUCAGCGAUAUCUGGAUGGUGUUCAUGAUCGAUUCCAGCAGCACCACACUCACACCAACACGACGGAAGCCACUCGUCACGGCAAACACUAG